GGGACACAAGAGCCUCUCGAGGGUGGCGCCUUCUAGACUCUCUCUCUGUCUUCCAGAUUGUGGACAAGAAUAACCACUACAAGUCCAUAGAUGGGUCAGACGAGACUAAAGCCAACUGGAUGAGGAAUGUGGCGCCCCUGGCCGAGCGCAAGAGGAAACCCAAGUUCUCCAAGGAGGAACUGGACAUUCUGGUCACGGAGGUGACCCACCACGAAGCGGUUCUCUUUGGGAGGGAGACCAUGCGGCUGUCCCAUGCCGACAGGGACAAGAUUUGGGAAGGCAUAGCUCGGAAAAUCACCUCCGUCAGCCAGGUCCCCCGCUCCGUCAAGGACAUUAAGCACAGAUGGGAUGACAUGAAACGAAGGACCAAGGACAAGCUGGCCUUCAUGCAGCAGUCCCUGUCAGGCCCCGGGGCUGGGGGCCGGGCCCCCACCAUCAUGCUCACUGCCCACGAGAGGGCCAUCGAGUCAACCCUGCUCACAGCCCGUUCCGGGCACAACUUCCCCAGGGCAGAACUGGAUGGCACCGACAGCCCCUCGACCAGCUAUGAUGAAGAUGAGGAGGCCCCCGGGCCCUCGAGGCAGCCUCUGCGGGUGCCCCUGCAGCAGCCCGCGGAGGAAGAGGCCCACCUGGCCAGGCCCACCCUGCUCCGCUCCUCCUCCUCCUCAGACCAGUCCGAGAUGGUGGGCCCCAGGCCGGAGGCCCUCCCCCGGCCCUCCCCCCAGGCCCAGGCCGCCUGCAGGACCCCUCGGCCACACCCCAGCGCGCCCAGCACAGGCCUUGACUGGCAGCUCCCCCAUGCCCACGUCCAGCAGACUGAGGCGUUCCAGCAGAUCUGCCGGGAGCUGGUGACCGUGCACCAGGACAUGGCAAACAGCAUGCACGCCAUCGGCCAGACCAUGGCCGAGCUGACCAGCCGCGUCGGUCAGAUGUGCCAGACGCUGACAGAGAUCCGGGACGGAGUUCGGGCGUCUCAGCGGGGGCCCGACGGGGUAGCCCCCACGGGCUCGACCCCUCAGGCCGAGGCGCCCCCGGCAGAGCCCCCGCAGGCUUCCCCGCCACCGGCCCCUGCACGGACUACCAGGUCUCGGAAGAGAAAGCACAAUUUCUAACCCAGCCAGUCUACAGGAGGAGGAAGAGAGAUGGAGGACGGGUGCCUGGCCUCGAGACGGGAGCCGGUCUCUCGUGUCUGGGACCGAUGACCCCUGUAGGAUACCGGGGAGACCGCCAUCUCCUCCCCACGCGCAGGUCGGCGGCCCUGGGCUCCAACAGAGUGUGCAUCCAGCCCCAGGCCCUCGUCUUUGGCCGAUGCCGAAGAUGUGGGCAAAGUUGCCUGCCUGACGCUUGCUUGUGCCGGAGCGGCGGCCUCCUCCUGGUCUGCGCCCACGGCAGCGGGCCUCGUGGGGAAGAGGGUAGCAAGAGCGGGGAGCAUCUGAAUGGAAUCCUGCUUGCCAACCUCAGGGCUGCCACAGCUGCCUCCUGCGCCCUGGUUCUGCUGCUUCCGAAGGGGGUGAAGCCUGAGGAUGGGCAGGGGGAGCCGAGCCCUCCCAGGAGGGGCCCGUCCUCUCCUUCCCCAGGGCUCCGAGCGCGGCGGGUGGUGCCCCUGCCUUGGCCUUCCGCUUGCCCCUGCGGUGCGUGUGCUCAGCUGCUGUGCUUGCCUUUUGUGUGGAAUGGGGAGAAGAACGGGAUGGCGUCGGAGGAAGGAGGAGGCGCCCUGGCGUUCCUAGAGCACCUUACGCUUUCCCUGCAUUUGCAGAUGUGUGAUCUCAGUGGGUUCUCGGGACAGCCAGAGACGCGGCCACGCCCGGUCUUCCUGUCACCGUUAUGACCAGCAUCGCCUGCAUUUCACAGAUGACAGAUGACACAACAGUUAGUCGGCAGGGGGCGGGGGUGGGGCGAGGGGGGGCGCCAGGCCCGGAAGCCGGGUCUGUGGAUUUGCCCGGCUCCCCACCCCCGUCAGAGGCCAGAUCCGGGGUUGGGAGGGGUGUUGCUCCUUGACUCUGCUCUCCUGGGUGCCCGCGGGAGGCAGCAGCAGUGUUUAGGAGGUGAGUCCCCGGCCCCGCCCUGGCACUAAGGCCGAUGGCCGGGGCGCGGGGGAGAGGCAGGGCCCAAGCCUCGGCACCUGCAAGGUGACUCCUCCUCUGGCUUCUAGAAGAGCCCAGCAGGGCCCCUGUCCCAUCCAAGUUCCAGCAUGCCUUGCCUCCGCUUGCUUGGGCUGCAUAUGCAUCAGCUACACACAUCUCUAGCUUCACGUUUCACGUGGGAGUGCGGAGAGACAGCCAGGUUCCUCGAGCCAGCGAGCGAGGUGGGGUGGCAGUUGCAAGCUUAGCUCUGACCCAGGUGUAGCUCAGCUCUGUGUCCUCUUUGCUCCCUGGCCUGAGGCUGACCCCAGCAGAAGCUCCCCCCCGCCCCUCCCUGCACCCCCUGGCCCACCAUCUCCCACGUCUGCCCCCUAGAGCCAUGGUGGGGGCCGGGGGGGGCCGCUCUCCCCAGUGCCUGCUGUGGCUGUUUGUGGAGCACUGCUUCUAAACCCAGACCACGCUUUGUCCCAUGUCGAGAGCGUGGGGGACACCUGCAAUGUCCCUGUGGCCUCAGCUCCAUCUCCCCACUCUUUGGUUCUUUGGGGGCUCCUGCUACCCCAGACCGCACACUCCCCUGUCCGACAGCCCAGUGGCUUGAUUAUCGCCCGGCAUUCCCCUGCCCUCCAGUGCUGGAAUCCAAGAUUGCCUUCCCGAGUCUUUUUGUUAAGAUGGCAAUAAAAAGAAAUUGAUCUCACACUUGGAACGCA